AUGCAACAGCACCUUCCUUUCCAUCAGCAUCUCCAACUGGUUGCCUACCUCUGUUGGAUUCCCUUGUUGGCCAUUAGUGCUGAGUCAGCCACAUUAGCUCCCGAGUGCUCACCGGACGGACACCGGAUCCUCCGCAAUCCCCACCGGAGCACCAGGUUUGACUCCCUGGAGCUGCAGAGAACAGCAAUUGAGGAGCUGGUGUGUGACCACUCCCUGCCACCAGCAUGGUACCGCUUCCUGAUCCACGGCAGGCCCGCAGAGAUGCCAACCAGGUGCAUCGAAAUGAACAAAUGUGGGACACAAGCUCCGGUGUGGCUGUCUCUGAAGUCUGAAUCCCUGCCAGUCCCUGGAGAGAGCAAGAGGCUCACAGCCUGUGCCACCUGGCAGGUCCUUUUUGGGGGCACCAGGGACUGCUGCUUGUUUCGGAUACCCAUCGCCGUCAGGAACUGCGGGGAGUUCUUUGUGUACCUCCUGCAGCCCACUCAAGGAUGCAUGGGCUACUGUGCAGAAGACAGACUCACGAGCCUGUCUUUGCAACCAGUGAUAACUCCCGAGCUCGUGCGAGGUCGUGUCCGCCUGAAGUGCACCUACAGCCACCCUCCCUCCAAGCCCCAGCUGCAGUACGUGGUGCUCUGGUCACGCCUCUCCAGCCCUGGAAAGAGAGAGCAGAUCCACCGGGAGGCCACCCUGGAGUCGUUUUCCUACGCAGAGAUGGACGGCACAAACCUCAGACUGGGAGACACGGUCUUUUGCACUGUCACAGCUUUUACAAGGGACACUCCUGAGCAGCAGUCAUUGCCUGAGGACAGCAAAGGUUUCUAUGCUGGGAUUAAGUUUUUACCAGAAUCACUACAGAUUGCAGAGGAUGGCAAAGAGCAUGUUUUGACUGUUCUGAGCACGGUACCCAUUGCCUGUCCUGGGCAGGAGGACUCCUGUAAAAUUACUUUGCAGCUAAGUACUGAGGAUUUGGACAGCCAGUUACCAGGGCCCCCAAACAUCGCCCUUUCGGCGUGCCAGGUGGAUCUGCUGCAGGCUCCCUGCUCAGGAAGCAGCUGUGCAGCAGCCACGGUGACAGUGACAGCCGUGACAGACUUUGCUCAGGAUGGGAACCGCGUCACCCUCAUCAGAGCUGAGCCAGUCGGACGGAGGGAUUUGCUUUGGAGGGCUCACACGCCCAGGGAUGUGAAGGUCACAGUUCGAGACCUCCCAACAGGGAACUGCUACUCUUUCACUGAUCCACAUAUUAUCACAUUUGAUGGAUGGCGCUACGAUAACUACAAAAUCGGCACCUUCCUUCUGAGCCGGAGCGUGUCGCGGGCAUUUGAGGUGCACGUCCGGCAGUGGGACUGCGGAGGCCACCGCUCUGCCACUGCCUGCAACUGUGGUGUAGCUGCCCGGGAAGGGGGUGACACCGUGGUUCUGGACACCUGCAACGGCCACUUUCGGGAGAGCAGACCCCAGCUGACCAUCAAAAGCACCGAGGCACCGCCACGCGUCAAAAUCCUAAAGUCCUAUGGAGGCCGAAAAAUAACAAUCCUAUUCCCUUCGGGAGCGUUUGUCCGAGCCGAUGUGAGCGAGUGGGGAAUGGGUGUGACAGUGAGGACGCCAGGCAGGGACUUCAACAGCACCCGGGGUUUGUGCGGCCUCUUUGACGGGAUCAGCCACAACGACCUGAGCAAUGUCCCCGAGGAAGACUUCAUAGAGGAGUGGAGAAUACCUCCAGGGAAGAGUUUAUUUGACAAGACUCCAGCACCUUCUGAGGGGAAGCAGAGGAGAAGUUACUGCAGAUGUCAGAAGGGGAACACAAAGUCUAUGCCUGUGGCAAACACUCUGAAUGCCUUUCAGACUCCUUUCCCUGAGCCCUCUGGUUGCCAUUAUGAUCAUGUGGAUUACACCUCUGCAAUCCCAUAUCUGGAUGUUACAUCCGAGUUUGUCACUCACUCAGAAACAGAGUCUGUGUUAAGAAAAGAUGAGAAACCACUGGCCAAGCCUUUGGAGCAAAGAUAUCUGCCUAAAUCACUCCAAAAGAGAGGUAGCCCCAAGGUCCAAUUAAAGCCCCUCACACACAAUAUAUCCAUGAAUAACAACAAUUCCAUUAACUCUACCAAACCAAGAGGAGACCUAAGGAAAGUGAAAAGGCAAGAUGACUAUUAUGAAUACUCCUCCUUUCACCCAUCGCGUGGCCCAACCCAGAGAGACUCGGAGAGGUUUGCAUAUUUUUUCCCUGAGGAUUACUUUGAAGGGGUUCGGAUGAAACUUCCACUGGCAUGGCCCACUCCCAGUGGCCUGACUGCUGCCAAAGCUCGGGAGAUUUGCCACCAGAUUCUUGCAAAUUCCACCAUUGGCUUGGCUUGUAAAGACCUCCUCGGAAAACAGCUGGAUGAGGCAAUUGAAAUAUGCCUUUUAGACCUGCAGCUCAAAGAUGACGUGGCUUGGGUGAGGGCGCUGAUAGCCCUUUUGGAAAAUGAAUGUGAAAGGAGAGUGCUUGGCAACAGAAACAGAGUGUAUCGUGUUGGGAACCAGCCACCUGCUUCCCUUGAAGAAAUCCUCGCCGCCCUGCGGUGUCCUGCUCUCUGCAACAGCAAGGGACACUGCACGGAACUGGGCUGCCAGUGCUUUGAAGGCCACAGCUCCUAUGACUGUAGCAUUGCCAAAAAGCAAGCUCUGGAAAUUACAGGCUUAGAGAACGGGGGUCUCUGCGACGUCCGUGCCUCCGACUGCACCAGGAUCCGGGUGUUUGGCCUCGGCUUCGAAGAGUCGCCCAACCUGCACUGUGAGGUCACCAGGUUAAUCCAUCUUGAUGGUAAAUGGAUAUCAAGAGAAAAAGAGACCACAAAAGCAGAUUUUCUCAGCUCUGAGGUUGUUGACUGCCAGAUCCCUCUCCUGAACAUUACAGAGGCUGUGCACUUUGUGGCCUGGGACGAGCCGUUCGCAAGAUGGCAAGUGAAAAUCACUAAAGAUGGCUUCCAGUACAGUAAUUCCAGAGUGUUGACCCUGUUCGACGCGGUCUGCCAGAUCUGCCAAUUCCACCCAACCGGACUUUGUAAAUUAAAGGAAGAUACUUGCAAUAUAGAUGGACUUUGCUAUGGUGAAGGAGAGUCAAGUCCUACCAGUCCUUGUCUUCUCUGUGAACCUGACAUUUCUAAGUUCACCUGGUCUGUAAAUGAAAACAACCUGCCUCCUGUGUUCCAGGCCCCCUCCAGCCAGCUGCUGACAUUUAUUGGUGAGAAUUUUGUUUACCAGCUCAUAGCAGUGGAUCCAGAAGGGUCAGCCGUGCUAUUCAUCUUGGAGGCUGGGCCGCGGGAUGCCAGGCUCUCUCCUGCUGGCCUUCUUAUCUGGAAAGUUGAUUCCGAAGAAAUGCAGACCUUUGAAUUCACCGUGUCAGACGAAUGCAAUGCACAGAGCAGAUACUCCAUUGAGGUUGGAGUGAAGCCCUGCAGCUGCCUCAAUGGUGGAACAUGUGUUACUAAUAUCAAAUGGCUUACUUGUCAAGAAGACAGGAACGAGUGUGAAGAGAGUCUUUGUUUUCCUGGAGUGUCUUGUAUGAAUACCUUUGGAUCUUAUGCAUGUGGAAUUUGCCCCAGUGGGAUGGAGGGAAAUGGUAAAACUUGCAAAUCUGUGCUUGAUGCUGAUGUUACAAAACCUUCAAGCAAUGGCAAAGGUGAAUUGAACAGGACUGAGGUUAAGCAGCCACUGCAGUCCUUAGAGGCGAAGGAUUCUCCUGCAAUUAAGAAUUUUAACAUAAGUGAUAGUUUGGGCCAUGCAGCACCACUGUCACACGUCACCACCUGUACCAACAGGCCAUGUUUUCCUGGAGUGCUGUGCUUUGAUCGGAAACCCCCUUACGUUGGAUACGUCUGCGGCCGAUGUCCAGCGGGGCUUUUUGGGAAUGGUCGAGUCUGUACCAAAGUCCCCAGACCAGAUAAAAAAACGUUUCAAGAUCUCCCCAAAGCCAUGUGUGAUUUUCCUAGAAGAAAUAUUGAAGAUGCAAGAGGCUCUCACCAGGAAGAUGUAUUAAAGACGUCAAGAAACGUAUUCUCCCUUCUUUCUCAAACCCAAAUUCCAAGAGAAGAUAUUACAUACUUUUUGGAAAGAAACCCCACAGCCGUUCACACUCCAUCCCUUGCAAUGAAAAGGAAGACUUCCCAAGCUCAGACAUCGCCAGCAAAAAAACCUGAUGUGGAGUUCAUAGAACCUGAGAAACAACCUUUUCUUGAAAAAAGAAGUGAUACACACACACCUCUUCUGCAUGAGGACCCAGACCCCAGAGCCCCAGCUGUCAGUGUGACACCCCAAACCCCUCUCCGUUUCAAACAGCACAAACCAGCUACGACACAGACUGUUCCCGCUCAUCGCAACACAAGUGCAAGUUCAUUCUUUGCAAGGCCACCUGUUGUUCACCAAAUUCGCUCCAAGUAUGGCUAUUCUCCCAGGAAAUGGCCUGGUAGAGCUGCAGUCUUGAGGACUAAAACAUCCCAAGAUUUCCCAACAGAGCAGCCUAGAACAUCACUUUUGGCAACAAACCUUCCCCCCCCUUCCCAUUUAAUCGGCUCUUCCCUUGAUACAGCUUCUCAGAGUGACCCAGCAGGGUCUGCUCCCAAAGCACAGACCACAGCAGCCAGAAAGUUGUUCAACAGAGCAAUGGAUCAUGUGGAACUACCCAAAACUGGCAGUGGGACGCAUCACAAAGUCAUGUGUGCUGACAUGCUGUGCUUUCCUGAUGUGCGGUGCGAGCCAGCUGAAGAUGGAGGAUUUAAAUGUGGCCCUUGUCCCACUGGAUACAGGGGUGAUGGAAUUACAUGUGAAGCACAGUGUGAUCCACCAUGUGAGCAUGGAGGAACUUGUCUACCUCAAAACACUUGUUCUUGUGCUUAUGGAUUUGUAGGUCCUCGAUGUGAAACGAUGGUGUGUAACAGGCACUGUCACAACGGUGGGGUCUGUGUGUCCCCAGAUGAGUGCAAAUGCAGAGAUGGGUGGAGCAGCCCUUCUUGUGAGACAGCUGUGUGCAACCCUGUGUGCCUGAAUGGAGGAAUCUGUGUACGGCCAAAUAUGUGUUCAUGUCCUUAUGGUUUCUACGGACCACAGUGCCAGAGAGCUGUGUGCAUUCCCCCCUGUAAGAACGGCGGUCACUGCGUUCGAACCAACGUGUGCUCCUGCACCGAGGGCUACGCUGGGAGAAGGUGCCAGAAAAGUGUCUGUGAUCCCACGUGCAUGAAUGGAGGGAAAUGUGUCCACCCAAAUGUCUGUGACUGCCCAUCUGGUUGGAGGGGAAACCACUGCAACAAACCUGUUUGCCUGCAGAAAUGUCUGAACGGUGGAGAAUGUGUCGGUCCAAACAUCUGCGAGUGCUCCAGAGGAUGGGUGGGAAUGCUGUGCCAGACCCCACUUUGUGAGCAAAAAUGUCUAUUUGGAAGCAGAUGCGUAAGACCAAAUGUCUGUGCUUGCAGAAGUGGCUACACUGGUUCAGCAUGUGAAAAGAAGACAUGUACUAUGCUUAUUGGGGCUAUUUAUAUCCUUUGGGAGUUCUCAAAGCAAAUCACUGCUGCUUUAAAAACGACAUCUUUACAUGUGCUGGGGUAACUGUGAGGAUCUCUUGACCUGGAA